ACAGUCCACAGCCUCUGGUUUUCCUCCCAAGACUUUUGGCACUCGCUUUCUUUACAUCUAUAUAACCAAACUCUUCCUUCCCAUUUGCUUCAUCAUCUUAUUUCUUACAGUUCUAGUCUCAAACUCCACAAGCAAGAGUGUCCAAUUUCUAGCUCUAAGCAAAACAAACAGCAGAUAGUAAUUAGUACAACAUGAGUUCAGCAAGCAAAGCUUGGAUGGUAGCAGCAACCAUUGGAGCUGUCGAGGCGUUGAAAGACCAUGGCAUUUGUAGGUGGAAUUAUGCCUUAAGGUCUUUCCACCAACACGCCAAGACCCAUGUCAGGUCAAUCUCUCAGGCUAAGAACCUCUCUUCUUCUUCUUCUUCUUCUUCUUCUUCUGCCAUGUGCUCAAGCAAGCUCAGGGAAGACAAAUCAAAGCAAUCAGAAGAAUCCUUAAGAAAAGUCAUGUACUUGAGUUGUUGGGGUCCUAAUUAAUAUAGAAUAUUGAUGUAAAUUUCAAUGAUUAUAUAGUUGAUGUUAUCAAAUUCAAGUCUCGAGACUAGUGAUUUGGAUCAAUCUUCUUUCUUUUAUUUA